AUGCUUCAUGCCGGAGGUCGCUUAUUGCUGUCUGCUAUUCGUGGAGAAUUCUGGCCUCUGCAUGGUCGAAGGUUAAUCCGCAGCACUGUACGCAAAUGUUUCCGCUGCAUUCGUAUCAGUCCGGUACCUGCUCGUCAGCAUAUUGGUCAAUUGCCCAUCCAUCGAAUUGUUCCCAGCCGCCCGUUUAGCAUCGUCGGAGUAGACUACGCUGGUCCAUUAUACCUCAAGCCAAUCCACAAGCGCGCAGCACCAGCCAAGGCAUACAUCUGCAUAUUCGUAUGUUUUGCCACCAAAGCUGUGCACAUCGAACUCGCCAGCGAUUUAUCCACGCAGGCAUUCUUAGCUGCACUUCGCCGGUUUAUUUCCAGACGUCCAGCACACAUCCACUCCGACAACGGCAAAAAUUUCGAAGGUGCUAAAAACGAUUUAGUAGAACUAUUCACUAAUCUUCAAAACUCGGAAGAAAAUGAGAAAAUUGCAUCUACCUGUGCUGACGAAGGAAUAACGUGGCACCUUGUACCACCAAAAGCGCCUCAUUUCGGGGGAUUAUGGGAGGCUGCUGUCAAACUUGCUAAAAAACAGCUCUACCGUCAACUAGGUCCAUCUCGCCUAUCAUUCGAGGAUGUCAACACGGUGCUCACUCAGAUCGAAGCACUGAUGAAUUCCCGGCCUCUACUUCCCAUGUCGGACGAUCCGGAUGAUUUAGCAGCGCUCACACCAGCUCACUUCCUUAUUGGAACCAGUAUGCUCGCCUUGCUCGACCCAGACCAUCAAAACAUUCCAGUCAAUCGGCUUGAUCAUUAUCAAAAACUGCAACUCCACGUGCAAAAAUUUUGGUGCACCUGGCGCACUGAAUACCUCCAAGAGCUGCAGGCUGACACUGUAAUGCAUCAAAGAAACAACAAUAUACUACCCGGACGAAUGGUUAUUAUUGUCGACGAUUUGCAGCAGCCGAUACGCUGGCCACUUGCUCGGAUUUUAACUACCAUACCUGGCCCAGAUGGAAUGACGCGUGUUGUGACUUUGCGCACUGCUCGAGGAAUCAUUACCCGGCCUAUCUCCAAAAUUUGUUUGCUACCGGAUUCCAAUGUUGCCGCAAAUGAUGAAGAAAACGAUUUUCCAGCACAACGACCACAAUCAGCUCAACAAUUCGUAGUUCCUGCAAAAGAAAACUAA